AUGUUGUGCUCUACAGUGAACUAUCAUGGUGCUAAUAUGCAUCCCGGUAAUACAAAUUCCGAGGUGCUUUAUUCUACAAAUGGAACAAAAGUUCCUGAUUUUUGGAGUGGAGCACUCAAUUCUGCGUAUGAUGAUGGGAUAUACGAUGGAGGAUUUAGUAAUCGAGACAUUUUACAUCCAUUUAUAACAUCCGAACCACUAAGUAUGACAUAUUUUUCGUCAAAUGUUAAAUCAGCCUGUUUGCUUCGACGAGAAACGUAUUGA